GAUAACAGGCAACCUUAUGUCCCCCGCUAUUCAAAUUUUUGGCUCUACCGACCAUUUUCGAAGACAUUAGAGAGAAGAGAGGAGUGAGUAGCCCUAUCUAUACUGCAAUGGUCAGAUGCGAAAAUGAGAAUGCCAAGACAAUUUGCUCAAUUUGCUUUGAAGAUCUGAAACCAAUUGUCGAAGAUCUCCAAUCCAUUUCUUUGUGUGGUCACGUAUUUCACGAGCUCUGUCUUCAGCAAUGGUUUGAGUAUUGCUCAAAAGGGAAGAACACUUGCCCAGUAUGCAAACAACCAUGUAAAGAGAAGAAUGUCAGUCGACUUUAUUUUCAAUCAGUUGGUGAUACAAAUGAAACAAGCCUCUCCCAGAUUCCGCGUGACAGUGAGCAGAAUCCAGAAGCAUUGCAGAGAGAGGUCAAGAGAUUAGAAGGUAGAGUUUCUGUACUUAGUUCUGCUCUGGAUCAACACCAGAAAGAUCUCAAAGAAAUUACUGAGGAGCUUUUAACAUCUAAGGAACAGGUCAAGCUAGAAGUGAAACUGAGAAGUGAGGCUCUGGUAGAGAGAGCUGCAGCUCAAACCUUGCUUUGUGUGAAGACUAAGGACCUGGAAAAAUCAAUUUCAGAAUGCACAAAGCUAAAGGAAAGAAAUCUCUCACUGGCCAAGGAACUCGCAGCACUUAAGUUGGUCUGUGAUUUAAAUUUGGAGGAAGAAGAUGUCUUAAAGUUUGCUACAUUAGGUAAUGAGGCCAACAGUAAAGAGACAAUUGAUAUUUUGAAAAGAUCACUAGCCAUCCGUAACAAGAGUUACAAAGAAUUGAUGGUGAAGUGCAAUUCUCUUGGACGAGGGGAAGCACGUUCUCUUUGUGAACUUAAGAAAGCCAAAGCCAAGAUCCAUACUCUGAAAGCAAAGGUUCAAAAACUGGAGACAGCUGCUGAGGCAAAAGAAAAUGAAGCAUUGAGAACUUUGAGGACUUGUAAGAGGAUGAGGACACAUGAGACAGAUUCAUCAAUUGCUUUUGUCCAAGAAACCAUAUCUAAGAAGUGCUCAUAUAACAAUCAAGAAAACUGCCCCCCUGUAUCCGUGGCUGGUUUGGAUCUAGCGAGUCUCACACACACUGAUUUACCCUAUUCAGGACAAAAGGAAACACACAAAGGGGAGUGUUGUAUAGGAAAUGCUACCAUUGAAGAUACUGUUGCUUGCAAUCCCCCCGAAAAGCAGGAGGUUUCAUUUCUUAAAAAGAAAGAUGAAGAUAUAUGUGAGAUUUCAACAUAUAAGGGGAAUAAAGGGUUGCAUACAAGUUUGAAGUCAACAACUUGUAACAAGACAAGUUCCAUUGAUUUCCAUUUCUCAAACAGAAGUGCAUCACUGGAGACGAUAAGUGCCAGUGCUCAAGUGCGGCAAGAACAAAACAAGGAAGAAAUACAAAGCUCAAGAAGUCCUAAUAAGAGCAAUAAAAACUUAUCGCAUGAUGCAAUUGACAGUGAUGAUGAUGUGGUCAUUUUAGAUGACACGAGUUUACCCCAAGCAUCUUUCCACAUCAGAAAAGAUACUUCAUCUUCAUCACCCCUUCUUGCUGGACCAGGAGACCGUUGCUUCUCUGGUGGGCUGAUAGGUCCUGAUGGAAACAAUUGGCACUUGGGGAAAUGGUGCAAGAAGGUGGGGCAGAAUAAGGGACCAAUGCCAGCGUCUGCAGGAUCAGCCACCAUUAGUGGUAACCUGAUUGCUGUUGGAGCAGAUGGUAGAGGUGGUAGGACCAAAGUUCUAAGGUCCUCAAACCACACAUCCUUGAACAAUGACAGUUCAUCAGCAUCAACUAAGCGAUUCAAGUAUGCCCUCAAAUCAAAUAGUUUGCAAUCUCAAGGGUGCUUGCAGAUGGAGCACUUUUUUAGUAAGGCUGGGCAGUAGGUUUGUGUGCUCAAUUGGUCAAGGGAGGGGUAGCAUCAUAUGUAAAGCACACAGCUCUUUCUAUCUCUAGCAGUAGGGAGCAUGCUCUGUUAGACAAAAUGGUUUUGUAGUUUUGAGAAAAGAAAUUCUGAUCGAUCUAUCUCAAAAUGAUUUUGAAGUAAAACAGUUGUACUAUAACAAGGCAAUGUAUUUUUGUUGGAGGCAUUAACUGAAAUAUUGUUGUUAAGCAGCUUUUGAUGAU